AAAAGUAAAUCGUGGAAAACUCUGGCCGUUAAACCAUGAGGGUGCGAAGUAAAAAACUUCGCUACGCAGAAAACCAACGGAACGAUCUCUCUCUUCCAUUCCUCUCUUAAUUCUCGAUCACACUUCUCUUCUUUCUGCUUCGACGAUUUCAUCAGCGGCAUUGAUGAUCGAGUACGGAGCAACAGAAGACGCUCAAAUGGAGGAAUACCUGGUGAACGUUAAAAGGCUGAGAUCGCAGAUGAAUGAUAUCGAGGAGGCGGCGGCCAACAGAUCGGUGGAAGAGCAGAAACAGAAGACCGCCAUUGCGGCCUUGGAAACCGAUAUCAGUUCCGUGAGAGCAGAAACAAAGCGUUUAAAUGAUGAGGCGGAGGAGAUGCUCAAGGCGAAGGCUAAUAUUGGCUCCGAGAUCACAGAGAAGCAAAGGAAAUUCUCUCUUCUGGAGGCGGAGUAUUGUACCGUGUGUCAGACCGUGGAACUUCUCAAACAAGCAGUGGCCAACUUGUUAUUGAGACUGAAAGAGAAAAGAUUGCACUAUGGAAAUAUUUCUGAAGAAUUGAACCUCAAAGUGCAGAAACAACAGGAGUGGUACAACUCAUACAUGCUUAUGAUAGAAGAUCCAACAUCGGGCAUGGGUAGUGCAGAAGAAGAAAUAUUUCUAGACAAAGAAAAUAAAAAUGCUGCACAUUGGAUGCAAAUGAGUUCUGAGAAUAUGGGUGAUGAAAACACUGAAAGAUGCGGUGACCUAGACCUGAAAUCUGCAAAAAUGAAGCUAGAUGAAUUAGAGAUAAAAAAGUUACAGAUUAUUGAGGAUAGAGUUGAGGCGCAGCAGCUACUUGAGCAGAUGAAUAGUAAGAUACAAUCAACUGCUUCUGCACUUGUGGAAAUGGCUGUUAAAGCCCUGGAGAAUGAAUACAAUUCUGUGAAGGCUGAUAAAGCUGGGGAACUGGAGUAUUUGCAGUCCUUAGAGGCGCGGAUCGAUCAACUGAAGAACCUCUCAUAUAUCAUCAACUGUCGAUGUGGCAACGAGUACAAAGUAGAGCUGGCAAAUUGAGCUGUCAUUCUAUGGAUUAUGUGUAUGAAGCUGUUCACAUUUCACAAUAAGAAAAUAUAUGUAGCCGCUCAUGACUUCCUAAACAGCAUGGUAAUUUUCUUAUAUUUUGAGAACUUGAGAUUA